AUGACAUAGUCUCUUUCUGUCUUGCUCACAGAUUUUCAUAAAACCUAACAAAGUCUUGAUAUGCCGGCUAAAAUCAUAUCAAUUGUCAGGAAGAAAAUAUAAACAAACUUUUUGCAACAUUUUGUGUCUUUCAAGUGCAGUUUUUCCCAUUUUCUCAGGCAUUUUCCAACUAGCUUCCAAGUCAAAAUGUCUUAUUCAACAUCCAUAAAGCAGAUUUUCACGAAAAAUGUGAGAUACAAAAUUGAUUUGAUGGAAUGGAACAAUAAAAUGGAUCUCAUUGCUUUGAGUCAAAACAACGAAGUCCUCAUUCAUCGUCUUAACUGGCAGAAUAUCUGGACUCAUCCAUCUCUCGGGGAUUCAUCGAAAGUCCGAGGAAUUUGUUGGUGUCCGGAUGAGAAAAUCAUCGCUAUAGGCUACAGCACUGGCAAAGUUGUUCUCUUGGACGUGGAGAAUAAGGAGGAGAUUCAUAGUUUUCACCUGGAUGGAGAUAUUGUUUCAAUGUGCUGGACGCAGCAACAUCAAAAGGCACCAUCCGGAAGUGAUCCAGACUUGGAAGUGGAGCCAGAUGAUGAUUCUGUCUUCCUCCCACGUCUCCCGAGUUUGAGCAGUGUCACACCGACGAGCAAGAAGAAGGAAUAUGUCAGUAGAACGGAAGCAAAAACCUCACUGAAUUUCCUCAUUGUUGGCCUCCGGACGGGAUCUGUGCACAUGUCCGUGUUUGGGAUGCUCCCGUGUGGGAGUGUUCAGCUGGCAAAGCACAUUAAGGGGGAAUUUAGGGUGAUUGAUUCGCGAGUUAGUGCAGAUUUUGGCUUCCUGCACGUUACUGUGGCCACUCGGGAGGCACUGCAUGUGAUGAUCUUCGAGAAUAGCACGCUUCCAUUGCUCCUGGACUCCCUCCUGCGUGUUGCUACGAAGCACGGGCAAAUUCUCACCACAAUGUCGUACAUUGAUGACGUUCUAAUGGGUAUUACGGAAGCCUGGGAGACGGUGCUGCUUGAGAUGGACAAUAAACUCACCGGAUACGCCAAUCUCUGCCCACGGGGAUCAGUUUCAGCGGAUUUCCUGGAACUUCUCGUCCUGGGGACUCCCACGCCGACACUUGAGAGCUUCCUGAGACGUGAGCUGACCGAGAAGGGACUCAAGAAACUCGGAAAUUCCAUUGAGAUGAGCUACUCGACAAUUCAGAAGCUUCUAGUUCAGCCCCUGGACACCGCCAUCAUGGUUGUCUGCUACCAUUUGAACAGUAUUCGUGGCAUGAGUCGGGAUAAGUAUCACUUUGGGGGACUUGUGAUGGAGAAUGCCGUCACGGAAGUUUGUCACCUGGCUGGGCAAUUCAUGAUGAAGGCUUUUGAGCUCCAGCAAACCAUUGAUCAAUCCACGAGGGACUACAAAAUCUUCUUCCGCUGGCUCUAUGUCGUCAUCAUUCGUCUUAUGGAUGAAACUGUCCCAGAUGAUGUUGCCUCAAUCACUCAGCAAGAGAUAAAUUACCUUGCGGAAUUCCUGAGUAAUCUGGACAGUGAGGAAGAUGCGGAAGAUGUUCAGAGUGAGAGGAAAUUCAAUCUUGAGCGUGUUGGGCAGUACCUGGAAGACAAAGAAUUGAUUGUUCUGCCCAAGAAGUGUCCAAUGUCUCAGUGGGCGAAAUUCCUGGAAGAGAACCCAGCGCUAAAGGAUUGCGAGGCCAUCUACAAGCACGACAAGAAGGCCUCCCUCGUGCAGAUUCACAAUAAACUCCGUCAGGGCAUUGAUCGUGUCUUCCGGCAGCCGGAAUCUGUUAUUGGGCAAAACUACAAGCUGAGAAAUGUCAUUCAGCUGGCAGAGAAUAUGGACAAUCCCGUCCACAGUACCCACAUCAGCCUAUCAGACUCAACGGGCGAUCUCUUUGCUUUCCUCGUCUCGGAGAAUCUUCUCAUCUUCUUGGAAGCCAAUCGGGGUCACUCCAUCAAAUGCCUCCGGUUGGAAUUUCAAACGAAACCCUACUUUGAGUCAAAAUACGGCCAAUUUGGGGAUCUCUCCUUCAGGCAUUUGCAAUUCUACAACGAAAACAUCCUCUCGCUCCUCCUGAACAAUCGCACGGACUCCGAGUGCGGUGGAUGCUUCGUCCAAAUGCCCGUGGCUAUUCUCAGGCAGAAAGCCUCCCCAGUGGAUGUGUCGGAAUUCAUAGAUCUCACAGCAGCGGGGAAUGUGAUGAAUCUCUACAACCUCCUGGAUGUGAACUAUGUCAAAGUAAUCGAUGGAUGCGAUUGGGAUAUAAUUGCCGUGUCCGGGAAUAGGAAAGUCACGUCAAUCCUCUCGGAAAAUGGGAAGAAAAUUAAGGUUUACGAAACAGAAGCAGCGGAGGAGGAUGAAGAUGAAAUGGAUCUAUCACAGAACACUAAUCUUGACAACAGCAAAGAAUCUAAUCAUUGAUUUUUUUUAAAAAGCUUUUUUCUUAAUUGUAAAGAAACAAAUUAAUUUUGAAUUAAAUAUUCUUUUUUAAUAAUAAAAAUAAA